AUGGCUCUCCUUGGGGGAGCAACCCCACUGACGGGUCGGCGGAGGGUCGCUGGGCCCCUUCCGUGGCUUUGCCUCUUGGCCGUGGCACUGCUGAGUGGCCUGGCUUGGACUUGCCCCGCCUCUUGCCAGUGCUUCGGGAACACCACGGUCUUCUGCGCCGAGGGGGCCAUCCGGGACGUCCCCCCUGGAAUCCCCCCCGAGACCACCCGGCUGGUGUUUGCGGAAACCUCGCUGCGGUCCCUCGGCCGCCAGGCGUUUGGCAACAGCAGCAGCAACGUGACCAUGCUGCUCUUCCUGAAGACCCCGCUCAGCUCCUUGGAAGAGGCGGCCUUUGAGGGCCUGCCCAACCUGAGAGAGCUGGCCAUCUCUGGCAGCAACCUGAGCACCCUGGCCAGUGAGAGCCUGGGGGGUUUGGCCCAACUCAGCCGACUCUCAGUCAAGUUCAGCCCCCUCGCGACCCUGGAGGGCGGCCUCUUCAACCACACCCCUGCCUUGAAGUCCCUUCACCUGCAAGGGAACCAGGUCCAGCAUCUGCCCCCUGAUAUCUUUGGUCCACUGAAGGAGCUGGAGGCUCUCCACUUGACCCAGAACCUCCUCCCUGGGCUGCCCGAGGACCUCUUUGAGCCCCUGCGGCUCCUCCGGGUGCUCCAUCUGAGCGACAACCGAUUGUCCCGCCUCCCGCCAAAAACCUUCCUUCCCCUGACGGAGCUGCAGGAGCUCUUCCUGGAUGGGAAUCGGCUCACGGAGCUGCCCGGGGGCCUCUUCUCCCAGCUGUCCCAACUGAGAGGGCUCCACCUGCGGUACAACGGCCUCAGGCACCUCUGCCCCACCACCUUCUCUUCGUUGUCCAGCUUGACGACCUUGUACCUGGACCACAACCAGCUUGCUGACCUGCCAGGUGGGCUCUUUGAGGGGACCCCCAACCUCACUCGCCUCUCCGUGGCCCACAAUCAUCUCCAGAUCGUCCCGGAGAGCCUUCUUGGCAACCUCUCCCGCUUGUCCAGCCUGGCGCUCUCCCACAACCUCCUCGGCCGCCUGUCCCCCGGGGUCUUCCAAGGCCUGUCCGCCCUCACGGAGCUGCAGUUGGACCACAACAGGCUCAGCGUGUUGCAGAGGGAGGCUCUGGCUGACCUCGGCAGCCUGGAAGUGCUGGGCAUGGCCCACAACAACCUCACCACACUGCAGAGGGAGGCCUUUGCCAACCUGACCCGUCUGACGGUGCUGGACCUCUCCAACAACCACCUGGCUUCGCUGCCAGCGGGGAUCUUUGGUGACAAUGCCCAGCUGAACAUGGUGUCCCUGGAAGGCAACCCCUGGGCCUGCGACUGCCACCUGGCCCACCUGGCGUCUUGGCUGCAGGAGGACAGGUGGAGGCUCAAGGCAGACACCCUCUGCAGCAGGCCAAACUACUUGGAGCAGGUGAGCCUCCAAGCCGUCCGGGGAGAGCUGCUGGUUUGCCCGUCUGACGCAGGCGCUGCCCACUGCCGGGCUCAGGCGGCCGCCAGCCCUUUCUGGUCCGAGUGCCUCUACCUGGACCCAACUGGGGCCGCUCAGCUCACCUGCAGUGCAGACGGCUGCCACCAGCUCAGCCUGUGCCUCCCACCAGACGAGCGCCUGCACGCCUCCGGGCCCAUGAACUUCAGCAGGGGGUGGGCCCUGGACGCCCAGUGUGGGGCGAGGAGAGUCUGGAUCACUGUGACCAUUCAGGAAGAAAGUCCUGCGGAGGAAGGGUUCUCCUAAGUGGU